AUGGAUUUCCAACACAGAGCUGGUGGCAAAACUGGCAGUGGUGGAGUUGCUUCUGCUUCUGAAAGCAACAGGGACAGAAGAGAACGUCUUCGGCAGCUGGCCUUAGAGACAAUUGAUAUUAACAAGGACCCUUAUUUUAUGAAAAAUCAUCUGGGCUCAUAUGAAUGCAAACUAUGCCUUACCCUUCACAAUAAUGAGGGUAGCUACCUGGCCCACACGCAAGGAAAGAAACAUCAGACUAAUUUGGCUCGGCGAGCAGCAAAGGAAGCUAAAGAAGCUCCUGCCCAACCAGCACCCGAGAAAGUAAAAGUUGAAGUUAAAAAAUUUGUUAAGAUUGGACGCCCUGGCUAUAAGGUGACAAAACAGAGGGAUCCGGAGGUGGGACAGCAGUCAUUGUUGUUUCAGAUUGACUAUCCAGAAAUAGCAGAGAGCAUCAUGCCUAGACACCGCUUCAUGUCAGCUUAUGAACAGAGGAUAGAACCACCAGACAGACGUUGGCAGUAUCUUUUAAUGGCUGCAGAGCCCUAUGAAACCAUUGCUUUUAAGGUUCCUAGCAGAGAAAUUGACAAGAUCGAAGGGAAAUUCUGGACCCACUGGAAUAGGGAAACUAAACAGUUUUUCUUGCAGUUCCAUUUCAAGAUGGAAAAACCUCCAACAGCAGCCAGCAUUCCACCUGCUCCUCCUGGUGUCAAAAGGCCUCCACCUCCACCACUGAUAAAUGGGAUGCCACCUCGACCACCCUUGCCAGAAAACAUGCCACCACCGCCACCGGGUGGAAUGCCAAUGCCUCCAAUUCCUCCAGGGGCACCAGCACCACCAGUGCCGCCUCCCCAACUUCCUCCAGCUCCUGGUGUUCCACCUCCUGGUGUGCCGCCUCCUGUCCCACCACCAACCUUGCCGCCUCCAGGUGUACCUCCUCCUGGUGUACCACCACCACCUCCCAACCCUGCUGUUCCCCCUCCUGGAGUCCCUCCCCAUGGAAUCCCUCCUCCUGGUAUUCCUCCACCAGGGGUUCCCCCUCCACCUGCUCCUGGAGUUCCUCCUCCUCCUGCUCCAGGUGUGCCACCUCCAGCACCUGGAGUUCUACCCCCAGGACCUAUGCCUCCAAUGAUGAGGCCACCUUUGCCAAGUGAAGGACCUACAAAUAUUCCCCCACCACCUCCAAACAAUUGA